GUCUGAUGUCUCUGUCUAAUAUCACGUCUCUCCAACUCCCAAACAGCGGUGCUAUAGUUCCCGACCGAACGAUUCCAACCGGAUCUUGAUGGCGCGCCGGGCCCAUUCCAACUACAGGACGGUUGAUCCGAACUAUCCAAAAAAUUUAUAAAAAAAAAGACCGAAUGGGCCUACGCGAGAAACAACGACUUCCGAUGUGUGUAGGUGACGGAUCUAAACAGUCCAUUUUUUUCUGUAUAUAUAGGUGGCCGGAAUGAGCCAGACGCGCGGUCGAUAGCCGGUCGGGGUCGCUUCGGUCGGAAACCUUAGACUUUCUGAACUCCCAAACCCGUCUCUCUCUCUCUCUCCACUAUACAUAUACUGUGUGUGUAUAUAUUACUCUCUUCUGAACUCACCCAUCUCCCGCUCUCUCUCACACUACCCUUGCCCUCUGUUUUCUCGAUUUCAAAUCAGCCUCUCUCUCUCUCUCUCUCAUCCCGCAUGGAACCUCCUCCCUCCCUCACAACCAACGACACUUCGAUUCAAGCCCCUCUCAUAGACGCCCCCCAAUCUCAAUCCCUACCCGACACCGAACUCGAAAACCACCUCCACAGGCUCGACCUCUUCCUCCGACUCCUUGGCUUCGACCAAGCCACCCCGCUCGGCUCCACCCUCUCCUGGCUCGCCUUCGCCGUUCUCGGAGUCGCCUUCCCCUUCCUCGUCACCGAAUUCUCCUACUGCUCCGACUGCGAGAAGUACGAGAUCAGAGUGUUCGAGCUCGAGAUUUUGAUCGCUCAGGUGCUUCUCGCCGCGGUUUCCCUCCUCUGCAUCUCGCACAAUCUGAGGAAGUACGGCGUCAGGCGGAUGCUGUUCGUGGAUCGUUACCGUGGUCACAUGGUCCAGUUUCGCGACCAGUACAUACAGAAGAUCCGUGGUUUUUUUCGCACGCUAGCCAUGUGGACAAUACCAUGCUUUCUACUGAAGACUGCCCGUGAGGUUGCUCGUGCCAUCUAUGUGCGUCCUGAUUCGUGGUGGCAAUCUACUGUUAUUGUGAUAAUUUUGCUUGUCUCGUGGACAUACUUGACCAUGAUUUUUCUGUCAGGCGCUGCUGUGUUCAAUUUGGUUUGCAAUUUGCAAGUCAUACACUUUGAAAGCUAUGGGAAACUUUUAGAAAGUGAUUUGGAUGUUUCAGUUUAUAUUGAGGAGCACAUCCGUCUAACACAUUAUUUGUCUAAAAUUAGCCAUAGAUUCCGAGUAUUUCUGCUUCUGGAGUUCUUGGGGGUGACAGCUAGUCUUAUUACGGCUGUACUGCAAACAACAGAGAAUCAUGGAAUCCUCACUUUGAUCAAUGCUGGUGAUUUUGGGGUCAUCUCAAUUGUUGGGCUCGUUGGAAUAAUUUUGUGUCUGCAUGGAGCUACAAAGAUUUCACAUAGAGCUCAAGGCAUUGCAUCAGUGGCUAGUAGGUGGCAUGCCUAUGUCACAUGCAAUUCAAAUGAGGUUUCUCAAGUGGAACCUCCGACUAAUGGUGGAAACUCAGAGGCUUCCAAUCCCACGGGGACAUUACCAAUGUACUACUCUGAAAGUGACUUGGAAUCAACUGAUUAUGUGCCCGUUCCAACAAAUACCCAGCUGGCAUCUUACAUGUCUUUAUACCAUAAGCGGCAAUCGUUUGUUACGUACUUGCAGACCAAUCCAGGCGGUUUCACAGUUUUUGGAUGGACAAUCGAUCGGAUCCUCAUUAACACAAUCUUCUUCAUCGAGUUCUCUCUGUUUUCCUUUGUACUUGGGAAGACCAUAACAAUCACUACCAGAUGACAUUUGCCUGAUACCCCUCAGUGGAUUGAUCCAAAACAACAGGUUCCCAUUAACCCAUUUCCACGGAAUAGCUGAUACAGGAUCACAAACAGUGAGGGUUCAAGUUUUGAUAAUCCUGUAUUUUCAGAGUUUCCUUUGAUAUUCAAAAAGCGUAGUUUAUUUGUUGCUGGAAAGACUAAUUGUUGUACUAAUGUAUCAAUAUAUCGACAUGAUUUUUUAAUCUAAUCUGACGGAGCAUUUACCUUUUCAA